CACCUCCCACUACCUCACUAACUAACAUGCGCACACUUGUAGCUAAAAUGAGCAUGGUGCGUGAUUACCCCGCUUCUUACUUGCCUGACUUCUUCUUCUUCACUCUUUAAAAAAGGAACCGUCUUUUCACUACCUCUCUCUCCUUUACUCUCUUCUCUGUUGUUUAAUUUUUCCGGCGAGUUUCUCGGCUGAGGUUGUAAGUUUCUUUUGUCUUUUCUGAGUGAUGCUGAGUUCAGUUAUUGACAAGAACCAAAUGUCUUCCGACAUAAGCUAAACUCUCUUCUUACAAUCUCUGUCUCUCUCUCUCUCUGUCUAUCUGCUUUCUUUUCCACAUAAAGUCGUCUUCUUUUAGCUUUUGAAUUUCAUAUGGCAGCUCAAUACAACGGAUCUAGAAGCUACUUCAAGUCCUGAUUAUCUGAGCUAGGGUUGUUUUAAAUUAGUUUCCUUUCUGGGAUUGUUCGUGGUCCUGUUAAAGUGUUUUGUUUGGGAAAGGGAUGGGUAGAAGGCAAAUAUCACAGGAUGAAGUAGGUCCACCGAUAAACCCAAGAGCUGGAUUGCGAAGGGAACAAGCUGGUAGAGGUUCUUACAGAGGAAGUUAGUUACUUUGUUUCUCAUCGUUGGUCGGAAAAAAAAAGGUUUCUUUUUUGGGGACAAAAAAGUGUAGACAAGGGUUUUUUUUUUUUGUUGUUGUUGUUUUUGUCGAACUUACAAAAGAAUCAAAGGGGAAAGGGUUUGUGUGUUUUUUUUUUUUUUUCAUUUCCGGAGAGUUCUCAUCUCUGUCCUCUCUUGGUUUCUUGAGUCGGCCAAUUUAGAGAAUGGGUGCUACCUCUCAAGAGAUAUUGAGGAGCCUUUGCUUUAACACGGAGUGGAGAUAUGCUGUGUUCUGGAAACUUAAUCAUCGUUCUCGAAUGGUACUUACCUUGGAGGAUGCUUACUAUGACAUUCAUGGGCACAAUAACUCACAGGAUGUUCAGGGUUGCAGCGUUAUACCAAAAGACAUGCAUGGAGCACAUGACCCCCUGGGUUUAGCUGUGGCGAAGAUGGCUUAUCAUGUCUAUUCUCUAGGGGAAGGGAUUGUAGGACAAGUUGCGGUUUCUGGAGGACAUCAAUGGGUAUUCCCUGAAUAUAAUGGCAACUGCCACUCAGCAUCUGAGUUUCAUAACGUUUGGGAGAGUCAAUUAUCUGCUGGAGUUAAGACCAUUCUUGUAGUAGCUGUUGGUCCCUGUGGUGUUAUUCAGCUAGGCUCUUUGCGUAAAGUGGAUGAAGAUGUGACAUUGGUGAGUCAUAUCCGACAUAUGUUUUUGGCACUGAAGGAUCCACUGGCAGAUCAUGCAGCAAAUUUAGUGCAAUGUAAUAUGAACAAUUCGUUGUGUCCGCCAAAAAUACCAUCUGAAUGUUUACAUGUUGAGGCUUUACCUAAUUGCUCUGGAGAAGUUGGCAAAGCUAUGGAUGUGGAAGAGUCAAAUAUUCCAACUCAAUAUAAACUUAGAAGAAGUGAUAGCAUGCCUUAUAAUACUCCUUCAUGUCUCAUGGAGAAGGCAGCCCAAAUUGUGCAAGGAUCUUCUUGUGGGAGCUAUAGCAGUGUUACGUUUGGCUUUCCAAUUGAUUUGGUUGAUGCCAAACAUGAGAAUCAAGUAGGUACUAAUAUAGUCAGUGAUGCACCUCAUGUGGGGAUGACUAGUAGAUGCAAAGAUUCUCAUCUACAUCAGUAUGUGAAGAAUGAUGUGCUCAAUAAUACGGCAACUGAGGCUGAAAGAUUGAUAUCAGGCCAAUCAUAUCCAGACCUGGACUCAACUCUUUAUGAUUCAUCAAGAACAGGUAAAGAAAGUUCUUUCCAAAAUGAAGUGUUCCAACUAUCUGAGAACCAGGGAAAUAGAUACAUAGAAGAGGGUGAGCGUUUGCUAGAGGGGAAAUGCGAGUCAUCAAGUCGACUGGAUGCUUUGCUAUCAUCUGGGUAUCCAUUUGCUGGCAGCGAGCUGCUGGAAGCAUUAGGCGCUGGUUUCAAGCGAACGAGCAGGGGUCAUGAGGAUCUAGUGAAGUCAGAAAAUGGUUCAACAACAAGACCAACAGAUGGUAUGAGUCAUAGCCAGCUUACAUUUGACCCUGGCCCUGAGAAUCUUCUAGAUGCUGUGGUUGCUAAUGUGUGUCAUAGCGAUGGCAAUGCAAGGGAUGAUAUCUUAUCUAGCAGAUCGGUACAGUCAUUGCUUACCAGCAUGGCAGAGCCUUCAGGUCAAAAGAUGCACAGUAUUGUUAACCCCAUUGGUAGUUCUAUGAAUCAGCUGCUACUAGCAGAGGUGGAUACUCAACAGAAUCCGUCAGAUAUCUGUGGAGCAUUUUCUUCCAUUGGGUUUUCAUCCACGUGUCCCAGCUCAUCUAGUGAUCAGUUUCAAACAUCCCUGGAGAUGCCAAAGAAGAACAAAAAGAGGGCUAAGCCUGGUGAAAGUUCUAGGCCUCGACCAAGAGACAGGCAACUCAUUCAGGAUCGAAUCAAGGAACUUAGAGAACUUGUGCCUAAUGGAUCUAAGUGCAGUAUUGAUUCUUUGCUAGAACGCACGAUCAAGCACAUGCUCUUUUUGCAGAAUGUUACUAAGCAUGCUGACAAGCUGAGUAAAAGUGCUACUACAAAGAUGCAACAAAAGGAAGCUGGCACACAAGGUUCAACCUGCGCAGUGGAAGUUGGAGGCCAUCUUCAAGUGUGCUCGAUUAUCGUUGAGAAUCUAAACAAGCAGGGGAUGGUGCUUAUCGAGAUGUUAUGUGAAGAAUGUAGCCAUUUUCUUGAGAUAGCAAAUGUGAUCAGGAGCUUGGACCUCAUCAUUCUAAGAGGCGUCACAGAGGCCCAGGGGGACAAAACAUGGAUAUGCUUUGUAGUUGAGAGCCAAAACAACAAAGUAAUGCAGAGGAUGGACAUUUUAUGGUCUCUGGUGCAAAUCUUUCAGCCAAAAGCCAAUGGCAAGAGCUAG